AUGGGCACGGAGACGAUCGUCACCGACGUGGCCUUCGAGGACGACGUCAUCACCACCACCGUCACGUCCUCCGGCGACGCCGUCGUGGCCUGGCUCCGCAAGAUCCGGUACGCCUACCGCUGGGUGUACCACAAGCUCAUCGUGGGGCUGGACGUGGAGUGGCGCCCCAGCUUCGGCCCCGCGCACAACCGCGUCGCGCUCCUGCAGCUGUGCGUCGGCCGCCGCUGCCUCGUCUUCCAGCUUCUCCACGCCGACUACAUCCCGCGGGCCCUCGAGAGCUUCCUCGCCGAUCGGGACUUCCGGUUCGUCGGCGUGGGCGUGCAGGACGACGCCAACCGCCUCAGCAACGACCACGGCCUUGUGGUCAACAACACCGUCGACCUGCGCGGCCUCGCGGCCGAGGAGCUGCGCGAUCUGUCGCUCCACCAGGCCGGGCUUAAGGUCGUCGCGGGGAUCGUCAUGGGGGCCAACCUCAACAAGCCACAGCGUGUGAGGACGGGAGCAUGGGACGCCUACCGCCUCUCCCACGAGCAGAUCAAGUACGCCUGCAUCGACGCGUUCGUGUCCUUCGAGGUCGGCCGGAAGCUCCUCACCGGUGACUACUCCUGCUCCUCCUCAGAGGAAGAAGAGGAGGAGGAGGAACAAGAUGACUCCUACUACUCCUCCGAUGAGUAUGGCUCCUCUGAGGAGGACUACUGA